AUGUCGGCCUUUAGGAAGUUUGGAGCUGCCUUGUCUGACUCAAGUCUGCAAAAGUUCAGUUGUGAACUUACCUCUUGUGCUCAGGUAAUCGGACGCGAAGCAAUUGUUCUGAUGCACGAAAGGAAUGAAGAAGAAGCCCAGGCAAAUUCUAGAUUCAGAAAUGUUUCAACGAGAUUCUUCAAGUCGGCCUCCAGUCAACAAACCAACCAACAAAUAUUACGGGCACGACAGCGGGUCCUCGAUUUUUGCUGUGAGUAUGAUUACAUGGUGGCAUGGAAGCAGGUCCGCAAAGCAGGGAGCACGAAUUUGUUUCUCAAAUGCCCACACUACAAAGCGUGGAGAGACCGCACCGAACGCAGUCCUCUUGUCUAUACCGCCAGACUUGGAGCUGGAAAGUCUGUUAUGCUUGCCAGUAUAGUUGAUGACCUGCAUCUUCAUGCUGCCAGCAAAGAUAUGACGGUGGCAUUUUUCUUCGCCCGCCAUGAUGUUGCUGAGAGCUUGAAAGCCCGGACUGCAAUUGGAUCUCUUGUCAGACAACUCCUGAGCCAGGUCAUGGACCUGAGGCAAGCUUCUGAAAUCUUGGAAACUACAUCCCACAGAACGCCAUUCGAGAGAAUGUUAGAUCUACUUCAAUCGGUCUUAAAGCCUGAUUUCAAGGCUUUUUUCGUUAUCGAUGGAUUGGACGAGCUAAGCACAAACGAGAGAGAGUUAUUCUUGCGAGAUCUCUAUAAUCUGAAGGUUUCAUUUCAACUGUCUGUUUGUUUAUCAUUUCGCCAGGAGCCCAACACGCCACUGAAGAUUGGCCCAGAAUCCCCGUUUGAUGCGAGAAUAGUCUCUAUUCCUCCCAAUAUCUCUGAAAUCGAAACAUUCAUUACAGAGGAACUCACGAGACGUGUUGAAUCACGGAAGCUUGAGAUAAGCGAUCCUCUCUUGCCGCUGGAAAUUCGGGAUUCUUUAGUGAAAGGCUCACAGGGAAUGUUUCUAUGGGUAGCCUUGCAAAUCGAGUCUUUAUGUACUAUGCAGACCGAUGCAGAGAUACGCCAUGCCCUGAGCGAUCUUCCGGAAGAUCUUUCUGAAACAUCUUCACGGGCUCUGCAGCGAGCGAACAAACCAGGUAGUCCAUAUCAGAAACGGAUACUAGAACUCAUCACCGUUGCUCAGCGCCAAUUGACAGCCGAGGAGCUACGUGAAGCAUUGAGUGUGACUCCUGGCGAUACUGAUUGGAAUCCAUCUCAAAUUUUGAACAACAUCUAUAGUACGCUCGCGUGCUGUGGCGGCCUUGUUGUUCUCGAUGAGGAGGAAUUGACUCUGCAUCUUGUGCAUAAUAGUGUCAAACAAUACCUCACCAGUGGAUUCAGCCACCCAGCUGACAAUAUGGUUGAUCUUGUGAAUGCCCACGGCAGAAUGUCGGACAUCAUCAUAACCUAUCUUCAUUACGCAGAAUUUGCAAACCAAGUGUCGCAGCAGGUCAUCCCCGAAGUAAACGCAAGCCUCGCCAUGGAUAAGAUUAUUUCCUCGGCCAGCCACACUCUAAAUGAUUCGAGGACUUUGGCCUUGAGGCUUCUCAGAAAGAAGACUCCGUUAGACCUUAACAUUGCGAAGUCCCUUGCGAAUGUGUGGAACCCCCGGCAUGUCUUUGAAAAGAAUACUUUCCUGGAUAACUAUGCAAACACAUUCUGGCUUUCCCAUCUUACCUCGUCUUUUCCUCUAUCAUCCCAAAUCACACCACUCUUUCAAACCCUAUGUGAAAGAAAUGUGCUGUCGCCCAUUGAAUCUUCUGAUGAUGUCAAGCUACUUUUUGAAAGAGCCGUGGCAACCAGCUCCGUGGAGCUUGCUGUACACCUCAUUAACACAUGCAAUGCAGACGUCAACUGCAAGCUUGAUUCCAACGGAAGAACAGCAUUACAUCUUUCUGUCAUGUAUGGUUUUAGCGAGCUUACCGAGCUGCUUUUGACUUCAGAAAAUAUUGACGUCGGAGCAACGGAUCUUGACAAUGAAACCCCUAUGAGGCUUGCUGCAAAAAUGGGAUACCCGCUGAUCUACCUUGCUGCAAAAUGUGGAAACGAAAAGCUCGUCACUCAGCUGAUCAGUCAUAGCGAGAAGGAAAAAACACAUGCGGUCACUAUAUGGAACACCAUUGAGAAGGUAGCCGUCGAACUGCGCCUGGAGAUGGUCAAUCUUCUUCUUGGGUUUGACUCUACCCCCCAUUGUGAACAUGCGGCGAAAGGAACAAACCCCUUACAUCAUGCUGUGCAACAAGGGCAUGAAGAACUUACUAGAUGCUUGCUCCAAUCCCAAAAGGUCAACCCUCAAGCAGUUGAUGGUCUUGAGAGAACCGCAUAUAUGCUGGCAGUCCAGUACGAACAUGAGGCUAUAUACAAAAUGCUACUUAAGGAGGAUGUUUCGCGUUGGAAUACUGCAUGGGCUCUUGAAAAGGCGGUCGGUCCAGACGGUGCCACGCCUGUGCAUAUAGCGGCUCGGCUCGGCUGGGCGUCGGUGAUGAACCUUGUGAUUGCUACGGUACAAGUCGAUCUUAACAGACUAGAUCCGCAUGGAUUGACACCUCUUCUCUCGGCUACUAAGUAUGGCCAAAGGGAAAUAGUAGAAGCUUUAAUGCAUGCACCUGAUGUGGACAUCAGCGUGACAGAUCGCCAUGGAAACACGGCCUUGCACUUGGCUGUUCAAUGCGGGCAUUAUGAUAUCUUGAUAUUACUCACUUCAAGCACUAAUCUUGUUCCGAGUUCGAAAAGCGUUGAUGGAAAUACACCUUUGCAUUUGGCUGCCAGUGCUGGUCAAAUCGAUGCUGCGAGGCUGCUAGUCAGCACAAGUAUAUACACUGAUAUGGUUGAUGUGAUAUCUUUGUCUGGAAGAAUACCACUGGAUUUAGCCAUCGAAGGGAAACACUUCGAGACAGUGAAUUUCCUCCUUGGGUUCGAUCAGACCUCUGAAACCCCGCACAACCCCCACAUGGUUCACCCACUACCUACAGUUUCCGGGAAUGGUGAUGGUCCUGCCGAAACACAACGGCCUGCGGAAUGGAAAGCAUUGCUUAAAGCCAAAGACACCAUAGGACGAACACUAUUACACCUGACAGCUCUCCGUGGAUAUACAAUAGCCACGAAACUUAUGCUUGAUGAAGGGGCAGAUCCAUUUGCCAUGGACAAUGACCAAUGCAUGCCAUUACAUUGCGCGGCUCAAAGUGGUAAUGAAGACAUGGUCAAGCUCUUGGUUCAAGAUCCAACUGUACUUCAAACACCCUUUUACAGGGAUAAAUCAGUCGAUUACGAGGGCAAGGCCUUGCAUCACACUAUAGUAGCGGGACAUAAUAGUGUGGUAGAGUUUCUUCUCUCAAUCAAUCCCUCUUUAUCAAGAAUGCGUGAUCGUUCAGGUCAGACACCACUACAUAUAGCGUCCAAAACGAACCGCACGUCAACCAUGGAGCUACUCAUAUCUAGUGGGGUUUUCAUUGAUGCUGAAAACUUUGAAGAACAAACAGCAUUAUGCUAUGCUAUUCUUCAUCGAGCCGACGAGGCGGUUGAACUUCUUUUGGAACAUGGUGCACUUGCCUCGUUCCAGGAUGCCUAUGAAGCCACACCUUUACAUUACGCUGCUCAAAUCGGCGAUGUUUCCAUUGCUAAGUACCUUCUCCAGCGAGAGAAAGGUUUAGUGAACAUGCAAGAUGAUCGCUGUCUGACUCCACUUCACGUUGGUGCUAUUCACGGGUAA